AUGCCGCGCGUGUUUGGUGGAUCGCCCAAGUGCACGGUGUGCGCCAAGUCUGCAUACCCCAUGGAAUCGCUCACUGUUGAUGGUGCUGUGCUCCACAAGACCUGCUUUAUCUGCUCGUGCGGAUGCAAGAAGAAGCUCUCGCCGUCGACGUACGCCUCGAUGGAUGGCACCUUCUUUUCCAAGCCGUGCUUCAAGAAGCAGUUCCUUUCCAAGGGCGACUACUCCAAAGGUUUCGGUAAGGCCACGCCCGAAGAGGAGUGGCGUGCCAAGAAGGCCGGUGGAGCUAAUGCAGGUGCGGCGUCGGCGUCGGCCGACACUGCUACCACCACCACUACCACUUCGACCCCGGCUGCUGCUGCCGAGCCCGAGCCUGCUGCCGAGCCCGAGCCUGCUGCCGAGCCCGAGCCUGCUGCCGAGCCCGAGCCUGCUGCCGAGCCCGAGCCUGCUGCCGAGCCCGCGGUUGAGGCCGAGCCCGCGGAUGAGGCCGAUGCUGCUGAUGCUGCCGAGCCCGAGGCUGAGGCCGAGCCCGAGGCCGAGCCCGAGGCUGAGGCUGAGGCUGAGGCCGAGCCCGAGGUCGAGGCUGACGAGUAACCAAUCCAUUGAACUCCUUCUCUCGUG